UCGGCUCCGCUCCGCUCGGCUCGGCGGUGAGGAUAAGGAGGGCGCGGCUGCGGGCGGCUCUCGGUGCGCGGCUCUUGCGGCUUCUCUGAGGUGAUACCCGGCGAGACCAAGGAGUCCAACAUGUCGAGGAAUUUCUCUGACACAGGCAGCAGAAAAGAACAUGUUAAAAUCACAAGUGAGUCCAAACCAGGGUUCCUGGAGAGACUGAGCGAGACUUCUGGAGGCAUGUUGAUUGGACUUGUCACGUUUCUUCUGGCUUUCUAUCUUCUUUUUACCAAUGAAGGCCGAGCUUUGAGGACAGCCAAAUCUCUUGAUGAGGGGCUUUCGCUUGUGAUCCCUCUUGACAGCAUUCACAGUGUGUCCCAGGAGAAUGAAGGGAGACUGGUGCACUUAGUGGGUGCUCUGAGUACGUCUAAGCCUUUGUUUGAUCCCAGCUAUGGGCUCUCCAUCCAGGCUGUCAAACUUAAGCGUAACGUGGAAAUGUACCAGUGGGUAGAAUAUGAAGAAUCCAAGGAAUAUGAAGAGAAUGGUGAGAUUAAGAAAGAGACAAAGUAUACAUACAACACUGAAUGGAAGUCGGAAGUUGUGAACAGCAGGAACUUUGAUCGAGAAAUUGGGCACAAAAACCCCAGUGCUAUGGCUGUGGAGUCUUUCACUGCUGUUUCUUCUAACGUCCAGGUUGGCAGCUUUGUUCUUUCCAAGGGUCUUGUGGAUAAAAUUGAUGACUUCAAGCAGCUGAGCUUGUCACACCUUGAGGAUCCCCAUGCUGAUGUUACCCGCGGAGGAGAUUACUUUUACCACAGUGACAACCCCAGGCGACCAGAAGUGGGAGAUCUUCGUGUCUCGUUCUUCUAUGCAGGUCUGAGUGGAGAUGACCCCCAUUUGGGCUCUGCUGAGAAGGUGACUGUGGUCGCUCGCCAGCGAGGAGAUCAGCUGGUGCCGUAUCAUACCAAGUCUGGAGAUGUCCUGCAGAUCCUGUACCCUGGGGACCUCACUGUGGAGGAAGUGUUUCAGAAGGAGCACCAGGGGAACACCAUGAAGACCUGGGCGCUGCGUGGAGCGGGCUGGCUGGCGAUGUUUGUGGGCAUCAGCCUCAUGACCCGAAUCUUCUACACUCUGGUGGACUGGUUUCCUGUUGUGAGAGAUCUGGUUAACAUUGGAUUAAAGGCGUUUGCCUUCUGCGUGGCCAGUUCGCUGUCGCUCCUGACCAUCUCUGUGGGUUGGCUCUUCUACCGGCCCCUCUGGGCUCUGCUCAUCGGGCUGCUCUCUGUAGUGCCCAUUGUGGUGGCAAGAUCUCGGGUCCCACCAAAGAAGCAGCAGUGAGGAGUUGCUGCUCAAGUUUGGGCACUGUAUCCUUGUUAGAGACUCUUCCAAUGCGUUCCUGUCCUGGUUAGUGCAGCACACUCACAGCGCAUCCCAGGCCAGCAAUGUGGGUGCAGGGGCUUGCUACACGUUAUCAUGAAAACAAGACUGUUGCCUUCGAGAGGUAUGACGACUUGGUUCAGGAACAGCAUGACGGCCCCUCCUUGGGCUGCUCGGUCCACAUGCUCACAGACACCAACGUGGUGGAUGGCAAAUGGCGUUUAUUGAGAGAGAACACGGUGUUAUAUAGCCUAGGUUUACGAUGUCGUUUCCAUCUGCUUGCAUCGUAAAACUGGUAUCAUCACCUAAA